UUAUAGAAUAAAACAAAGUGGGUCGGGGGAUCGGUGCCCUAAUUAUCAUCUCGAUCAAUCCGGUUCCCCUCUCGAGAAGACGGGGUCUUGCACGAUGACGGAAGAACCCAAAGAUGGCUUCUUGUUGACCUUUAAUUCACGCAAACGAUUAAGUGGUUUCCUUUAAAUCCCUUUUGCUGGUUCCCGUUGCAAUAAAAUUUCAGGGCCCGCAGAAUAGACACUUGCGAUAUGAUUGGAAGCCAAAAAACAAAUCCUUCUCGGGAUAAGGAUCUUGCUCCAUAUAUUAAGAUUAAAGUUCUUUUCUUUGCCAGAGCUCGGGAUCUUACUGGAUCGACAGAGUUAUGUCUUGAAAUGCCAGAUGGUAGCACUGCCAGAGAUUGUAUGAAUAAACUCUUAAUUGAAUUUCCAAAUUUACGGGAAAUUUAUAAUUCCAUGGUUUUGGCUCUUAAUGAGGAAUAUGCUCCAGAAUCGACAGUAUUGAGAAAUAAAGAUGAAUUGGCUAUCAUUCCCCCAAUAAGCGGAGGUUGAAGAAUGUUGCAGAAGCAACAUGAUGUUUUUUUAAUGUUGUAUCAACUUAUAACAUCUUAUUAAUAAUGGUCUUCAUUAAUACUAUAGCAUCUCUUUACCCUGCUC